CAUGACAUCCGCCAAUUUCAAAAAGUUUUCAUGUGAAAAACUCCCACGCAUUGGCCAAAUUAUCCCGCAAUACCCUCCCAUUGUUGCCAAAUAAAGAGGAACUAGAAAGAAAGCAGCUUCUUUGCUUGAGUGUGGCUCACGCUACUAUGUUCCAUCACAGCUCUUCCUUUCUCCCCUGCCCUUUUCUUAUAAAGAACCUCCCCUUUCCCCCCAUCUCAUGCAACUCACAUCCACUUCCCUCUUCUUCUCUUCUUCCUUCACUCUCUUUCCUUCACUUAGCUUCUUUAAAAAUGGAUGAUGAAUUCUGCUAAGGUAGCCAAUUUGGGCCUCAGGGAGUGGCCUCUAAGUAGAGACAAAGUAGAGAAGCCUUAAGCUUGUGUGAAAAGAAAUGGAGAGAAAUGAGUUUAUGAAGCAUGGUUUGGUCAGACUUCCCCCUGGUUUCAGAUUCCACCCUACUGACGAAGAGCUUGUUGUUCAGUACCUUAGAAGGAAGGCCUUCUCUUUUCCCUUGCCGGCUGCCAUCAUUCCUGAAAUUGAUCUUGGGAAAUUGAACCCCUGGGAUUUACCCUUAAACUUAGGUGGGUUUGGUGGAGAUAAAUACUUCUUCUAUCUUAGGGAGAGUAAGAGUCAAAAAAAGAAAGGGAGAGUAUCUUACCGAGAGACAAAGUUGGGAUACUGGAAGCCCUUGGGGAAGGAGAAACCAGUCUUGGCUUCUUCUCAAGGAAACGAAUUAGUUGGUUUGAAACAAGUCUUGGCCUUUUACAGAGGGAAGUCGCCUCAUGGAUCAAAAACCGAUUGGAUCAUGCAUGAGUACAGCCUCCCCAACAAAGAACUUCUAAAGAGCUCAGCCCAAAGUUUGCUUGUUUCAAGUAAAGAGUGGGUAGUUUGUCAAAUCUCUGUGAAAAGAAGGAAGAACUUGAGAGCAAGGAAUAUCAGACAAGAAGAAAAUCAAAUUCCUGCAACCAGUUCAUCUUCUUCGUGGAGCUGCAUAACUGAGAAUCUCUUAGAUGAAGAGGAUAGUAAUGGAGAAGAAGCUAUGAGCAAAAUCUUUGUUGAUUAGCAACAUUAAGUCUAAUAUCUUCAGCUCAUGUGCACUUUAUAUUAAAGUCUCAAUUUCAGGGAAAACAAAUUUAAAUCAACUUUUGUGACUUUUCAUCUUAAUAACAUUAACAACCUGUUUGACGUCUGCUCUGAAGAUGACUUUAUUCUGCAAGCAUUCUGAAUAUAAAUUUCCAGAAAAAAAGUAAUGAUUUAGUAAUUCAAAUUUACAUAAAUGCAAAAUUACUUAUAUUAUCACUUCGAGCAGCCCACUUGACCAAGUGGUUCUUAGCUUUGUAUCUAACUCAUGAGAACUGGAGUUUUAAGACUUUGCACA